AAUCUUUAAAAAAAAAAAGAAAAAAGAAAAGAAAUUUCGUGAAAGUACAGGAGUCAGUGCAUCUAGCACAAUGUCUGAUAUAUACCAGAUGCAAAUGCUAAUAUGCUUGGUGAAUGAAUCUGUCCUUCAACAAACUUAUCUUCCAGUUUUACAGUUCUCUCUUCCACUGUAUCUAGUCUCCUGUUGAAUUUGAAAAUGAAAUAAGACUCUAAGGUCAUGCUUUUCUGUUCUCGAGUUUCUAUCGGUUCUUUCUAAAAUCUCAGCCUUCCACCCCAUGCUAGUCUUCUUAACGCUUUUUCUGCUAUUGCUAUAGCAUUUACCGUGUUCUUUCCUUACGUAAUUUACUUAUUUCAUUUCCUACAUUUCUCCCCCCCCCCAUAGUAAAGUAGUUCAAUGAGAGCAGGAAUUUCUGUUUGUUUUGUUCACAGAUACAUAUCCCCAAACAUUAGGACAGUGCUUGGGACAUAGUAAAAGCUGAAAACUCAUUUGUUGAACAAAUGUGUGGUCUGUAAGUGUGGAGGCAAUGAUGAAACCUGUCAGGUCAGAUAGAGGCGGGGGGGGGGCGGUCCUUGUAGAGCAUACUAGGAAACAAGAUGGAGGGGGGAUGUAUUCAUUAUGGCCGGGUUAAAGAGGGUAGCAUGUUUUGAGGGAAGGUUUAGGGGUUCACUACAAUAGGCACACACCUUAUUUAUGAAUCUGAGCAAAAUCUUAUAAUUCACUUGUCAUCUGGGAGGCAUCAACAGUCGAAAGAACCCUUGCUUUGGAAUUAAAGUAAAUGCUUUUGGAUCCUAUAGUUUCUGUGACCCGGUCAGCUAUGUGACCUUAGGCAAGUUAUUUACUCUCAAAGAUCUAGUUUUCUCAACUGUAAAAUAACCCCACCUCGUAAAGUUCCAGUGAAAAUUAAGAGAUAAAGUUAUAAGUAAAACCUUUGGAAUAAAGUGCAUAUUCAAUAAGUAUUUCUUAUUCUGCACGGAUUGAUUUGAAAUUAUUUUAACAUCCUAAAACAUACUUUUUCUGUUGGGGGCAAAUUAGAGCAAUAGGAGGAAGCAAACAACACUGGGGUGGUGUAUUGUAACUGUGGUUUAGAAAAAAAUACCAAAUAUGAGUAAAAUUGAAAAGAAGAUACUAUAUUUGGGUAUUUCAGAGCCAUGAAAAAAACCCACAGAAAUAACCAGUAUCUUUUCACUUCUCCAAAAUGGUUUGGAACCUUCAGUUAAUUACAGAAGAGAGGAAAAUCCCCUAAUAAAACUGGAGUUACUAGUAGUAAUCCCUCUAAAAGUACCGAACCACUGGGGAGCCACCAGGCUCUCGGGAAAAUCAGCCUUUCCUGACAUCCUCCUGGGUGUCCCCUUCCAGGCAGGAAUCCCACGCCAACGUGAGCGUGGGCACUAACUUGACCCUCUGAGGGAAGUAUAUGACUGUUAAGUCCUCUACUUGUUAAGGGUCAACCAAGGCAAAUCUCCUCCUGGAGAAGCCUUGGACAUUUUCUAUAGAGCUGGCUGUUAAAGACGUUGUUAUCAUUAUCUUUUUUUUUUUUUUUUGGCUAAUUGAGCCUUGAGACACAUUUGUUUUAGAAUGAGGAUCAAGCAAACAUUUAUUUCUCUCAGCUGGCUUAUUUCCUUCUAUCAGAUGACGUAACUCAAACAGCACCCAAGUCUUCCUUUCAGUUGUCAGGAAAGCCAGCACAGCCUGUAAUGCUUUAUUACAAUCACAGAAAGUCAAGGAGAGCCAUACAUUUCAGUCCCCCUUCUACACAGUUUAAUAGUAUCAAUUUCUGUGUUAACUGGCUUGCCGUAGGGGACUUAAGGGCUUUACAAAACAACCAGCCCGUACCUGAGACCGAUCCAUACAGCUUAGCAUUUAACGGAUUGAACAUUGCUCCCGAUGCGAUCCAAGCACUUUGUAAAUAGAGUGUCUUCAAAAGACCCAGGUGUCUAAUGAUAGGGGAACAGUUUAACACAUGUGGUGCCUGCAUACACCCCACUGAGAAUGUAGAUCCUGAAUUGUAAAGGCGAUCGGUCCCAUAGCCCUUAGAAGAGGCGCGACGUGCCACUGACCGGCAAUGGACAUGCACGCUCUUAGCUUCUGAACGCGGGUAGCUCUCAAAAACGUAAUACUGAGUGGGGGGGAAAGGGAGAUGCAGCCCAAUCCACCCAGUAAACAUGGCAGAGAAGGCUACUUGUCCCCCAGGAUCUGCUCUCCAUUUCUUCCACAGGAGUGGGCUUGUAGAAGGAGAAAUGGCUUCCCAGAAAGAAGACUUUCUUUUCUCGCCUCUCUCUCAGUCAGAUGUGACCGUGUGACCAGGUCCUGGCUGGUGGGGUGUCCGUGGGAGUCGUGUGCACAGUUUAGAGGUGCUCCCCAUAAAGGGAAGGGGAGAGCCUGUCCUUGUCCCGUUCUCAGUUCUCUUGCCCUGCAAUGUGGGCCUGGUGGGGAGGGCCACGCCCGGGGACAGUAGAGCAGGAGGACAGGGGUGCCACCUGUCACCCCAGGAACCUUCCUACUCUGACUCUUAUGUGAGAGCGAGAGUGGGCUCCUGUCUCAUGUCAGUCACUGGUAUUCUGGUCUCGGUUCCAGCAGCUGAACCUGUUUCCUCGGGCCCUAUGCUACUAUUUCUGGAAGUUAAAAGAAGCAAAAGGGUACUAUGUAUUUGUGGAUAUGUAUCUUCAGCAAGCCGUGGACUGGCCGGAGGCUGACAUGAGUGGUGGGCACCGCAGAGGCGGAGGGGGGGAACGAGGGAGAGGAGGAGUACAGCUGGCCGCCUCUCUCUCUCCUGUGUGCCGCGCCCCAUCACUUGUGUCUGAGCACGACAGGCAGUGAUGAAAGAUGAAGAUGUCUGUACGUGUGAGAUUUUUGUGAGUGCUCAUGCCAAGCUCUUUCCUGCAGGCUUUUAGCAAUGACUUUUGUCCCUGUUUGAAGUAAGUGACUGGAUUUGGAGGACAUAUCGGUCCCCCAUCAGACAGACACCGAGGACACAGCUGUAGCGGUCAUUACAGGAGUGAGCUGCAAGGUGGAAUUGGGAAAACAGACUCUUUUGCAGUUUGCUGUUAAGGCCUGUGGCACAGAUGUUGCCAGAAGGCUGGCAGGCUGCAAGAGGCCACACAGGUAGCACAGUCCUUGGCCCACACUCUAGACAAUGAUGUCACCCGCUCAAAAGCUGAAACUGUCAGCAGCCUGAGUGACUCUGUCUCUCGGGGCCAAGCUCAAGUUCAUCAGGCUCAGAGUCUGAACCAAACUGGAGUGCAGAGUUCAGACAAAGUAGACUGUUUUCUGUGUAGACAAGCAGCAGACUGCCCUGUGUAGACCCUGAGUUGUUGUCAGAAGUGACUUAGAGGACAGAGUAAAGACAGAAGCAAUUGGUUGUGAUAUGCUUGUAUCUAGACUGGAAAAGCUUGGUGGGUCCGUCUCCUUGGUAGGGAGAGCCUUGUCCCUCCCCCCACCCCCAACUGGUUUAGGUCAGACACAGUAUCCUUUCUGUCAGCCAGGGGUUACAUGGGUCAUCUUACCAACUGACAUUUGGAGGUUUGCUUUUCUUCUUUUCACAGUGUUUUUCCAAACUGGAUACCACACAGUGCACUAAAUUCUCCCCAAAUGAAUCUCAGGUGCAUUCCAGCUGGGUCACUCUGUGGUUUGGGGAUUCCCAGGCUCUUUGGGGCAUACGAACAGCUAAUCUCCUGGCUUAAUCCUGUAAUUUGCCAGUCGCAUGUAAUAGAUGGCAGCUUUGCUGGCUAUCUGAGGAAAACCUUCAUUCUCUUACCUUUAAAUCUUGGGGACCCUCACUUCUGCCCACACCCCCAUUCCAGGUGCAUUCCAUGAUGCUUUUGGUAGUGUUUUUAGAUGAGUUUCUUCCGGGCACAUAGGAGGGUCUUCUGUCUAUGCAGCUGGCCCUGCUUUCAUUCUGUUUGCCUAAGUGUGGAGUUGCCCAAACUCCAGUCCUUAAUCCAGUAAGUUUCUUUCACUCUCUGGUCCAUGGCUUCAGAUACCAUUUUUACAUAGCUGGCUUAAGGUCUUUACAUUUAGGCUUGACUGUAAUUUCUAUAAUACAGUCCUGAAACUCAUAACUUAAUUAAAAUAAUUUUUGCUAAGGUAAUACAUAUCAUAGUACAAAAUGCAAAAGUUCCAAGAAAAGACAAGUGAAAAAGAGGCCUCCCUUUGUCCUUGGAUAGAAAUUUAUCCCAUUCUCUUCUUUGGAGGCCAAUGUUCUCAUCAUUUGGGCCAUUUCCCUGCCCCCUCCCCCAAUGUGCCAUACUCUGAAAUCAGUGUAUGUGAUGACAGAGUUAGCAUCUUCUGUUUUUUUUUUUAAGAUUUUAUUUAUUUAUCUGAGAGCGUGCACGUGCGUGAGAGCAGGGGGAGGUCCAGAGGGAGAGAGUCUCAAGCAGACUCUGUGCCGAGUGUAGAGCCUGACACAGAGCUUGAUCCCACGACCCUGAGAUCACAACCCGAGCCGAAACCAAGAGUCGGGCGCUCAACCCACUGCACCAUCCAGGUGCCCCAGCACCUUCCAUUUUUAAUCCCAGCUUUCCCACUGGACAUUCUCACUUCCUAUAAAUGCUGUCCAUACCUUCCCACCCACCCCAGCUCAAAGCCUUGGUGUUUUCUUUUACUUCUCUCUGCCCUUUUGCCUCAUUUGUAUCUUUUUAUUCACCAUAUUCCGCUGCCUUAUUCUUCGCAGUGUAUUUUGCAACCGACUUUUCCUUUCUGUUCCACUGGCCUGUCAACAGCAGCCAACUAGAUGGUGUGAUAACCUCCCUGCUCACGCAGUAUUUGACUGUCUGACGAUUCCCCUGAGAACAUGAACGUCCACUACUGUAACAUAGCUAGAAGGAUGGUUGAUGGAUUGUCUUCGUGAUGCUUUUUUGUUUGCACAACUUGCCUUCGAUUGGACUGUGGGCUCUCAGAGGACAGGAAUCAUUGUGUGCUAUUUCUGGUAUAUUCCUUUUAGAACUUGACAUGGUCUUAUACAUAGAGCCAGUUCUCAAUAUAUAUUUGGCAAGUGAUGAGCUGAACACUGUUUUUUGUUGAUUUAAGUAAGAUGUGGGCAUUUUGUUUUUAAAAACAUGGAAAAAAAUAAGCGGCAGGGAAUAUAGUGGCAAGAUGUUGAGAAGAUAGCCAGCUAUAUUUAUGAGCAUUUGUUACCUUUUCUUUUCCUCAACAUUUUUCCUUUCCUUGCUCUGUGAUACCGCACCACUGUUCUAUUCCGGGGCCUCCCACAACAUUAGCUCCUUCCCUCUUUUAUUUUCCUUUUUAGUACUUAUAAUACACUAAUUUAUUUACCUUGCUUUUAAAACAUUAUUUCCCCUACUGGAAUGUAAGUUUAGGGGUGCCUGGCGGGCUCAGUCAGUGGAGCAUGGGACUCUUGAUCUCGGGGUUGUAAGUUCGAGCCCCACGUUGGGUAUAGAGAUUACUUAAAAAUCAAAUAUUUACAAUGUAAGCUUAAAGCCUUCUUUCCCCUACUAGAAUGUAAGCCCUAUGAGGGUAGGACUUUUAUCAUUCUUGUUGACUGCUGUAUUCCCAGUGCCUGGCAUGUGGUAAGCUUCUCAAUAAAUAUUUGUUGAAUGCAUAACCUGAUUACUAUCACCGAUCGUAGAUUUCUUUGUUCUGUUUGUGUUUUACUUAUCGUUAAUGCUUCGAGGCCGGAAUGACAUUUUUUGUCUCUCUGCAAGCAAAAGCUGUAGUUUGGGACUGAGUGACUGGGCUGCUCUUGGAAGGAAGAAAGAGACAACGUCAUCAGUGGUGCCAGAAAAAGAUGUCUCGGGCUCAGCUCUCCAGUGGCUGGCUUAUUCUCCAAACUCUCCACUUGCAUUUUGCUAAGCUCUUUUGAGCACCUUCAAUAAAGCAAACAUUUCUUGAAAGAUGACCAUGUUCCAGACAUCGUGCUGGGUUUGGUGGAGCUUGCGGUCUCAUGGGGAGAACAGACACGCAGUAACACUUAGGGCUCAUCGUUGGCGUGAUCCUGAGGUACGGCACCCCUGCCUCCAGCGGUCAUGACAAGUCACUCAGCUGUACUCAGGAAGACAGGGCCUUCAGCACCUUAUUAGUGAAUGUCAGCGGGAAGUUCUUCGAAUACACCCUGAAAGGAGAAAUCAGCCCUGGCAAGAUCAACAGUGUAGAGCAGAAUGACAUGCUGAGGAAGGUAACGUUUGAUCCGGAGGUCUUUUUCAACAUCCUUCUGCCUCCAAUUAUUUUCCACGCCGGCUACAGUUUAAAGAAGAGACACUUUUUCAGAAAUCUUGGGUCUAUUCUGGCUUAUGCUUUCUUGGGGACUGCCGUUUCCUGCUUCAUUAUCGGAAAUCUCAUGUACGGCGUGGUGAAGCUCAUGAAGAUCGUGGGACAGCUCUCCGACAAAUUUUACUACACGGACUGUCUCUUUUUUGGAGCAAUUAUCUCUGCCACUGACCCAGUGACUGUACUGGCAAUAUUUAACGAAUUGCACGCAGACGUGGACCUUUAUGCACUUCUGUUUGGAGAAAGUGUCCUAAAUGACGCCGUUGCCAUUGUCCUGUCCUCGUCUAUUGUUGCCUACCAGCCAGCGGGGCUGAACACACAUGCCUUUGAUGCUGCUGCCUUUUUUAAAUCAGUGGGCAUUUUUCUAGGUAUAUUUAGUGGCUCUUUUACCAUGGGAGCCGUGACGGGCGUUGUGACUGCUCUAGUGACCAAGUUUACCAAACUGCACUGCUUCCCCCUACUGGAGACGGCACUCUUCUUCCUGAUGUCCUGGAGCACCUUCCUUUUGGCGGAAGCCUGUGGGUUCACAGGCGUUGUGGCUGUCCUUUUCUGUGGAAUCACACAGGCUCAUUACACCUACAACAAUUUGUCGGUGGAAUCAAGAAGUCGAACGAAGCAGCUCUUUGAGGUGUUACACUUCCUGGCAGAGAACUUCAUCUUCUCCUACAUGGGCCUGGCGCUGUUUACCUUCCAGAAGCACGUUUUCAGCCCCGUUUUCAUCAUUGGAGCUUUUGUCGCCAUCUUCCUAGGCAGAGCUGCGCACAUCUACCCGCUGUCCUUCUUCCUCAACUUGGGCAGGAGGCAUAAGAUUGGCUGGAACUUUCAGCACAUGAUGAUGUUUUCAGGCCUCCGGGGGGCCAUGGCAUUCGCGCUGGCCAUCCGAGACACAGCAUCCUAUGCUCGCCAGAUGAUGUUCACGACCACCCUCCUCAUUGUCUUCUUCACCGUCUGGAUCAUCGGUGGAGGCACGACGCCCAUGUUGUCAUGGCUUAACAUAAGAGUUGGCGUCGAGGAGCCCUCCGAAGAGGACCAGAACGAGCGCCACUGGCAGUACUUCAGAGUUGGUGUGGACCCAGAUCAAGACCCACCACCCAACAAUGACAGCUUUCAAGUCUUACAAGGGGAUGGUCCAGAUUCUGCCAGAGGAAACCGGACAAAGCAGGAGAGUGCGUGGCUGUUCAGGCUGUGGUACAGCUUUGACCACAAUUACUUGAAGCCCAUCCUCACACACAGCGGCCCCCCGUUAACCACCACGCUCCCAGCCUGGUGUGGCCUGCUUGCUCGGUGUCUCACCAGUCCCCAGGUGUACGACAACCAAGAGCCGCUGAGAGAGGAAGACUCCGAUUUCAUCCUGACCGAGGGCGACCUCACCUUGACCUAUGGGGACAGCACAGUGACUGCGAACGGCUCCUCAGGCUCCCACACGGCCUCCACGAGCCUCGAGGGCAGUCGGAGAACCAAGAGCAGCUCGGAGGAGGUGCUGGACCGAGCCCUGGGAAUAGGAGACCAGCCGGUGUCAAGCCGGGGCACGCGCCUAGUGUUCCCCCUGGAGGAUAACGCGUGACUCCCCCCACCUCCCGCCCAGCCUGCGGCGAUGGGGCAGCCGCCGGUGCGGUGAGGACGGCUGCAAGCCCCAGGGUUGUCUGAGACGGGGCACUGACUGAGUCGAACUAAUGCUUCUGUUUUAUUGAGGUCUGAAGCUCUCUUAACAUUUAAAUUUUCACCCAAGAUGCAGAUGGUGGGGCUUAAGUGUCUCUCAAUCAAGACAAAUGCAGACCUAUCCCCACUUUUUCACAUAGUAGUCACACAAUCCAACAAAUAGCAUGCUUCAGCGGUCUAACUCAUUCACCUGCGGCGUCCGAGCUCGGUGUGGCAGGCGUGGGGGGCCUCCUGGCAGAGGCUCCACGUCGGUACGCAGCAGGGCAAGCCUAGCCGGCUGCAGGAUUAACAGGGUGGGGGCAGAGCAGGCUAGAAUGAUCCAGAAGGAAGGCAGCUGAGAUUGGACCUCCAAAGAUGAUGGGAAGCCAGUGGUCAGCGGGACAGAACUCAGGAGGAAGCAAUCUGAGCGGAGGCCCUAGCACCAAGGGCUGUGGGGAUGGCGAUCCCACGUCAGGCUUCCAGACUCUUGGCGCUACCUGGGUUUCCUGUAGACUGAAGGUCGGAACUCCAUCCAUGAACAUUUCAACAUGGGGAAGGAAUUAGAAUUCCUUCUCUGGAAAUCUCCAGAAAGAAGUAGCUACUGAAAUGUUUAAAACCAAAGGCAAAAUCGUGUUAUACUGUUGGGUUUUUAAAAUUAAUCUGAUGGGAGAAACUGUUGAGAGACUGAGGACGAAAAGCAGUCAAUUCUUCAGGGCUACCACCGAGAUAUCUACUGUGGGGUUUAGGAAUAACACCAGAAUUUGUGGGAUGCUUCCAUCUGGGGAUUAGAGAGCAGCAAGGAGCCUAGGAGGUAAUAGGCUAGUCUUCAGAGGGGGAAAAAAACCACACUGCGAAGAAAACCGCAAAACACAAGAUUACUGUUCUAAAGACCGAGUAGAAGUCCAAACUCUGAGCUACUAAAUGCAUGAGAUUUCAGCGGCCGGGUGAGGAAUGAGAGGCAAGCCAAUGGAACAUCGAGCGUUGUUCAAUCCAGUGGAAGGUUCCGCCUGCUAUGAAAUUAAGAAUCCAGAUGUCUUAACACUGAUGCCGUGUAGAGAAGGGCCGUUUUCUCGGUAUGUGGGGAGGCUCGUACCAGCGUAGUGUGUGAGCGUGGUUUGAAAGUUAGGUUUGUAGUUUGGGCUCUUUGUGGGCGAGCUGUUCUACCUGCCCACACCUGUAGUAGGUAAAAUACUGAGAGAGCUCUUGGAAACCAAGUUUGAGAUUCUCCGUGUCUCUGUGGUUCAGUGCUGGUAUAUUUGAAAACCCAAUCUCUUAAAAAAAACAAAACAAAAAAACCUUCAUAAAAUGUGGGCACUUUUCUUCUUGUGGCAGACAAAAUAGUGGCCCAGUCGAGUACACCCAUAAUGAAACCAGCCAUUUAAUCUUAACUCACCUUUUUAAUGGUUGAUAUUUAGAUAAGACAUUACACUUUGCUUUUUGAAUUGGUAAUUCAUGCAAAAGAGACAAAAAUGUUUAAGUUCAGCCGUAGGAAAUUGCCGAUAUGGAACCAUUUGUCAAAAGCAGGAAUGGCAGUUGCAUAUGGUUUGAUAUUAUUAAAUGACUUUUAUUCCCCUCUUUCCUUUUUCUGUACCCUAAAGUCCAUUUUGAUUUUAUCAUGGACAUCCCUGGGCUUUGUAAGCUUGACAAACGAGCUGAACCCCCUAUCUCACCCCAUAAGGCUCCGAAUUACCUAGGCUAGUGAAGGACUUCACAAAACCUCUGAGCCAGAGUCAGAAAAACAGCUUUUUUAGAGAGCCCCAGGGCGGGAGGUCGUUAUGUCCUGGGGGCAGAGUGCAGAGAGCGGCUGCCAAGCUCGCGGCACAGGGGCCCAGAACCAGUACGAAUUUUAUUCAGUAGCUUUCUCUCCGUAACGACCAGCCACGCACAGAAACUCGAAAGGUGAGGCUUCUGUGUGUGGUAUUUGCAGAGGUGGAGAGAGAGUCUGGUCAGCUGUUCAGCUGGGUCUUUAUAAAGCCUUGCUUCUCUCUUACGUUGCUUACGUAUUUCAUCUUGGAGGGAAGAAGCUAACAGAAAAGCCCUGGGAGGGGUCUUGAAAAGAGCCAACCUCGUAGGAGCCACGCUCUCCUCAUUCAAGUCAAGGCUGCGUUGUCAUUUUCGUUUUCCAGGAUGCUUUCAGCAAAUUAAUAAGAAAUUACCCUCAUAAGGAGGAAACAUAAUCAGCGUUCUCCAGCCUAGUCCUAAAUCAGUCCCUAGAUUGUUGUGUUUUCCCCAAAAGGGUCCUGUAGUCCUGACUGCAAAUGUUUUAUUCGGACCUACUGCAAUCCAAGUCAAUGGAGAUUUGCCAAGAUCAGAAUUUUGCUGGGGUCGUAGUGAUUUGGUUGGAUUUUUUAGUCAGUGGAUCAGAGUAAGUCACUGACCUGUGGUCCUAAUUUUUGUUUGCAAGAUGUGGAGAAUAAUCCCGACCUUACCAGGGGUCCCAGCAAAUGAGUCUGUUCGUCGAAAUGCUUCCACCUCUAGACGCUUUAUGCCUGUGCCGAGAAGGGAAAACGAGGUGCCACGAAGCCCCCAGACCAGCUAACUCAAGGCCAACCAUCUGCUGCCAGUCGGGCCUAAAUCAGAUUGAAACUGCUGAGUGCAUCCAAUUUAGCCUCUCACACACACAUUGGCUCCGGGCGGGGGGGCCAGGUGUUCUAGAGCGCACAUGAGGGUUAUCCGGCUAGUUUAUUAACACCGUCAGCGCGAGGGCCCUAUGCUCAGACACUCAUAUCCAGUAGGUUUGGAGCGGGGCCUGGCUUCCGUGCUUGGUUGCAGGCCUUCGGGGGUUCUAGUGGGCAGCCAGGCUGGAGAGCCUGUUAGUCCAGAAUUUGCAGCGGACCCUGUUUGGAACCUUCAAGAAUGGCCUAGCAAAUUAAGUUUCCUUUCCUUACUCGUCCUCUGGAACAAACCGAGUGUUGAUCACUUAAUACAGCCAGACAGCUGUGAAAGAGUUUCAUGCACAUCAUCUUUGCAGAAUUCCAGAACAUACUCCGUGAAGUACAACUGAAAACGUCACGUUUGAACACCGUAGUGCAGGAAAGGGAGAGACGGGUGACUUGAGUGGAUGGACUGGGUAGGUGGGGGAGGGUGAUUAAAAACCUGUCCUCUUUGCCCCCUUUCGUGGAAAGAAAAGGGUUUGGUCUUAACUGAGUAGCUGACUCUCCCGUGUGAAGGCUUUGGAGAAGCGGUCUCUUCAGUACAACCUGGGAUUAAACGGAGUCCCCCUUGCAGUCCAGUCAGCUUUCUUCCUUGUCACACUUAGCUUGUUCCCAGGCCCGAAUCCCUGCUGGACUCCUCAGGAGAGGCGUGGGCCCAUUUAAUGCCCAGAGUGGAGGCCGCGAGGGGGAGGGGAAGCUUGUGACCGCUGCGAGGUCACGAGGCAGGGGUGCUGGCCGACUUCUGGGUAGGGCAGAGGGGCCGCGCAGACUCCAGCCGUGCCUUUUCAUGCUCUCUCUGGGGACUGCAAGGACACCUGAACUUUGUCUCCUGGAGAAGGAAAUCUGCGCUGGAAACGAGGCUGCAAAUACGGGAAGAGGGCGUAGGCGAUUCCAUGGCCCCUGCCCAUCCAGGGCGCCCCCGGGCGCCCCAUCCAGCCCCGAUGCCUUGCGGCCCCAAACCCACACUGCGCCCUCACAUGUUUCAUCAGGCAAACAGCAAGGGGCUUUCAGGCUGUGCUCUCUAGACCGCAAAAUGUCCUCUGUGGUUUGGUGGACAAAUGAAGGCUCUUUAGAAAACCUGAAAAACGUUCUCUCGGCUAUCCACGAACGUUUCACUUGAGGGUGACUUCCUUCCAAAAUAGAGGGCUGUUUCAUGGCACACACAUUCCCCACCCCCUGCCCCCAGUUCUCUCUCCUUCUCUUUGUCCGCAGGGGAAGUUAAUGUCCCACCGUGUCAGACACCUUAACAUGAACAGAACAAUUUUUUUUUUUAAAGAUUUUAUUUAUUUAUUUGACAGAGAUAGAGACAGCCAGCGAGAGAGGGAACACAAGCAGGGGGAGUGGGAGAGGAAGAAGAGGCUCACAGCGGAGGAGCCUGAUGCGGGGCUCGAUCCCAUAACGCCGGGAUCACGCCCUGAGCCGAAGGCAGACGUUUAACCGCUGUGCCACCCAGGCGCCCCCAAGAACAAUUUCUAAACGUAGAAACACCACUGAUGUACUGAGGGGAGACCGGGGGCGGGCGGGGCCGCUGAGCAGCUCGGCAGAGGGGAGACUCCUCUUCUGGGGCCCCUAGCUGGGUGCCCGUUGUGAGCUCGAAGAGGUGUAUCACCAAGCGGCCUUUCCCAUCUGCCGUGAGAUGUCGGCUGGAACGAGGGCUUCUGGAAAGUCAGCUUGCUGAUUCAAUAAGUAUGUGACUUCUUACUCCUCUUCGGAAAUGGGGAACUGGACGAGUUCCGUGCCGGCCUCUCGCUGCUGAGUGUGUGGAUGAGUUCGUGUAGGAGGGGGUCUGUCACGUGCGUUCAAGUGGUACCACUGCGUUCUGAUCUCUCGUGCUGGCCUUUCUCCAAGUGCCAGAUGCCAUAGUCGGCUACGGUGAAGGUGAAGGAAAUCUAGUGGCCGAGAGUUAGAAACGACCCAUCCGAAUGCUGCUUUCACUCUGGUACCUGAAGAGACCUUCCGCCUUUCUAAAACCCAGUAAGGACAAUAUGCAGACGAACACUCCAGAAAGUGAUGCUGGUCUCUUAACUAGGAAAAGCAAGUAGGCUCUUUGACAAUCUUUUCAAAACCAGACCUAGAAAUCAGCCCUUUUUUCCCCAGUUUCCAUUUUCAUAAGUAGGGCUUUUUUUUUUUUUUUUAACUAACAAACAUGUCUCAUCACCCAGUGCGAGCAGAACUCGUCAAGAGCAAGACCAAAGUUUUUGAUGUUUUAUUUUUGUAAGCAGAAAGAAGCAGCGCCCACACGGAACACAUGGGCAGCCAGUUGUCUGCCACAUGAGCCUGGGAGAAGUUGAGAAGGAAGGUCUGCCUGUCUGGCCACGUUUUGAAAAGCCCUGAAACACACAGGAGAGCCCCUGAGAGAGGCCGCCUUUUAAAAAGGCUUAACGGAAUUGCCACAUGUCAGGGUCAGUGGAAACUUCUGGGGCCUGUGGAUGUGGGAGGGACUCAGAUUGAAGGGGGCUUGUAGGCAGCACGAACUCUACAUGUGCUGUCGAAAGCACUGAAAGCAGGGAAGGCCCCAGGGCUACUGGGUGACUGUCCCACGGCUUGGACAUUUGGGAGUGGGCUUCUGUCGCCACGGUUCCAGCUGUGGGUUUCCGGGAAGCCGAGGAGUGAUUUCCGGGUGUGGGGGUGUCAUGUCUGUGGAUUUGGAAUUUAUUGCCGAAAUCACGUGUUCAAAGCACGACUUCAGAGCAGGACCACAUUCUCCCAGGUUGUCUUUUGAUUUUUUACAUAAACGACAUCUGGUCCUUCUCACUUAGGAAGUUUCACUCUGUCCCAUAAGAUGAUUAAAUGGGAAGGCCACCAAGAUUCAUUUAAUAGGUGAAAAGCAAUUUUUAAAAAUAGGAUCGGAUGAAUUUAACAAGGGAUGAUAAAUGACCUUCUGCAGAACUCUUUAUAGAGAGCUUACACAAUGUAAUCGGGGAGAAUUUUGUCUUUUUCCAUUCAUCAGUAGCAAACCGGUGGUUUUAUAAAAUUAACAGUAUAGUAUGUUACAUAAACAUGUUAUAUGAAAUAAAAAAAGUAUGUUGAACUGUGAAAAAGUGAAGACUUGGAGUUAUCAGCAACCUUUAUGUGCACUAAGGAAAACUGCAGUUAGGCCCCCAAAGUGCUACCUUUCUCGAGCAUUUUACUUAACGUUUGCCUUUGUGUAUAUGUUUAGAUUGAUAUUGUAAAGCUAGCUACAUGUUUUCCUGCCGUUGACUGAUAUUUAACACAUUUUUCUCAAAGCUUUUUUUUUUUUUUUUUACAAAACUUAAAAUAAAAAGAUUAACUGGC